AUGGCUGCCCAAAGUUCGAACCAGCUGUUCUACGGAGUUUCAGCAUCUGUGGCACCUGACGGGAGUCUGAUGAUAGAUGAAUCAGCUGCUGACCGCGUCCAGACUCAACCGGUUCCGAUGUUGUUGGAAGAUUUCUUGAGUGAUGAGUCGUCAAGCGAAGAAGGUCAAGCGAAGUCUCCUACCAAAAUCGAAAAAUGGAAAAACAAGAUGAUCAGUGCUCUCACGGACGCUUUGCAGAAGUUAGAGGUAGAUGAGAAAAAGAACCAAAUUCCAAGAGAGCUUAACCCCGUGGUGGACAUGGUGAAGGAUUUGCUGGCCAAGAUGACUGAUGGCAAGGCGGUGGAGCGCAUAGAAGCGUAUCGCGUGUUGGAAGGCGCACGAAUGUCGUUGGAAUUCGACAAUUUAGACUUGGACUAA